AUGAAGCUCUACAUUGGCAACGACACUUGUGCGCGAGCCGCUCAGCUGGUUGUUAAUGAGCUUGGCGUCAAACAUGAACUUGUUUAUGUCGACGUCUCUACCAAGGCUACGUCAAAUGGAGAGGAUUUUGCAACUGUAAAUCCGCUCCUUUAUGUCCCUGUUAUUAAACUUGACAACUCUGGUCGCGAUGUCAUCUCCGAGACCAUCAUCAUCUCUUCCUACUUGGCCGACCAGCACCCAGAAUCCGGCUUGCUUCCACCACCCGGUACCUUGGAACGCGUCAAGGCAGACCAGUUUCUAGUCCAGAUUACAACUGAGAUUGCGCAGAAGCAUGUCCCGCUUAUUCUCAAGAUGAUGACUGAACAAGGCACUCAGAUCUAUGUCAACAGGCUUCUGAGAGCAUACCAGCUCUUGGAUGAUCGCCUUGCAGACAAGCGCUCUUACCUCUUUGGUGAAACCUUUACUGUAGCCGACGCAUAUGUCUGGGGCACUUUUUGGAACAACCGCUCUGGUGUGAAUGUUGAUCACUUGAAGAACUUGGCAGCGUGGAAGGCUCGCGUUGAUGCCCGGCCUGCUGCCAUCAAAACGCUAAAGGAAGAGGCUGAGAUUGCGGCAAUUCACAAGGCUCAAAUUGAAGCUCAAAGCAGUUGA